UGCGCAGUGCGGCUCGGUGCGACGCUGCUGUCAGGGGGAACAGGAGGCCGCGCCUGGGGCCCCGCGCGGUGACAGCGGCAGCCUGGCAGUGUCCGAGUCCCCGCCGUGGUGGGGAGAGGGCUCGGGGACGGACGCCCCGGAGGACGACAUGUCGCGGGGCUGGGAAGGCUCCUCGGCCCGGGGCUCCAUCAGCGGCGGAGGGUUAAGCCGCGAGCUGUGCCGCACGUUCGGCCACUACAACCGGCACUUGGGGCGGCUGCAGCACAACCUGCACGACACCAAGAAUUUCUUCCGCGACAUCAAGUACUCCCAAGGGCUCGCCAUAUUCCCCACCGCUGGCACCGGGCCCGCCGGGGAGGAGCCGCCUCGGCCGCAGCCCGCCCCCUCGGGCCCUGAUAGCGCCCCUAGUGGCGGGGUUGCCUCCCUGCAAGCUGGGCAGCUGAGCUCGAUUUCCUUUCCUCGACAUGAGGAGGAGUACCUUCAACUGACAGUCAAUUGUCGCCCAUGCCUUUUAAUCCUUGGCCAGAACUGUAAUGCCAAAUGCCAGUUGCUGAACAUGCUCUUGGGAGAAAGACUGCUUCCCACCAACAAAAUUAGCAGUGAGGAGAACUGUAAAAGACGUCGAAUUCACUUCAGAUAUGGAAAACAAACACGGAUUAGUUUGGCUUUACCAGGACAGUAUGAACUGGUUCAUAAUUUGGUAGCUCACCAAGGUAGAUGGAAGACAAUACCUGAGGAGGAUUUAGAAAUCCAUGGGGAUAAUGAGGAUCUGGCACACCGGAUUGCAGAGCUCGAGGUGACACUGCAUCACACAUUACUACAGGAGGUGGACAUUGUGGUAGCUCCAUGUUGGGGAUUCCAGUCAGCAGAGGUCACCUUGGGGGAAUACAUGAACCAUGUCCUUCCAGUCAUCAUCUUUGCCAUUAGUGAAGCAGAGCUCUCUGCCCUGGAUAUGCGUGAACUGCGGGAGAUUAAAGAGAAAUUCUCUCCACCUGUCUUUUUUAUUAAAGUGCCGGUUUUCGGGGCUGAACUAAUAACCCCUCAAGAUACAGAGAAUGAAAAGUCAUUGCUUUAUCGGCAGUUGCUAGACCUAGACAACCUUAGUACCAACCACUGCGGCUGUGGAGCUUCCAGCUUUGAUGCCAAAGCCGAGAGCAUGCUGGUAGAACAAUCGGAUAAGAUUCGCCUGCUUAGCACUUUCGCUAGAAAGGUGUUGCAGAAGCACUUGGUAGAUGCAGCCACGAUCUUGAACAUAGUGCACUGCCGUUGUCUGGACAUAUUCAUCAACCAGGCCUUUGACAUGCAGCGAGACCUGCAGAUCACCCCAAAGCGGCUAGACUAUACUCGUAAGAAAGAGAAUGAGCUGUAUGAGUCUCUGAUGAACAUAGCCAACCGCAAGCAAGAGGAGAUGAAGGACAUGAUCAUUGAAACUCUCAAUAACAUGAAAGAAGAGCUGCUGGAAGAUGCUGCUAAUAUGGAAUUCAAAGAUAUUAUCAUUCCUGAGAACGGAGAGCCUAUUAGUUCCAGAGACAUAAAAUGUUGCAUUAAGCAAAUCCAGGAAUUAAUAAUUUCACGACUAAAUCAAGCAGUUGCAAACAAGUUGAUCAGUUCUGUGGACUACCUGCGUGAGAGCUUUGUAGGGACUCUGGAAAGAUGUCUGAAGAGUCUGGAGAAAUCUCAGCAAGAUGUUUCAGUGCAUAUUACAAGCAACCAUCUAAAACAGAUACUGAAUGCGGCCUAUCAUGUUGAAGUCACUUUUCACUCGGGUUCAACAGUAACAAGAAUGUUGUGGGAACAGAUCAAACAGAUAAUACAGCGGAUUACAUGGGUGAGCCCACCGGCUAUCACCACAGAAUGGAAAAGGAAAGUAGCCCAGGAUGCCAUAGAGAGUCUUAGUGCAUCCAAGCUGGCUAAGAGCAUCUGCAGCCAGUUCCGGACGAGGCUAAACAGUUCCCAUGAAGCUUUUGCAGCCUCUUUGCGACAGUUAGAAGCUGGCCACUCGGGCAGGCUGGAGAAAACCGAAGAUCUUUGGCUGAAAGUUCGAAAAGACCAUGCCCCUCGGCUUGCGCGCCUGUCAUUGGAAAGCAGGUCUCUGCAGGAUGUUUUGUUGUAUGGUAAACCAAAGCUAGGCCGUGAACUGGGCCGAGGGCAGUAUGGAGUGGUUUACUUGUGCAAUGCCUGGGGAGGCCACUUCCCAUGUGCACUCAAGUCUGUGGUCCCACCAGAUGAAAAGCACUGGAAUGAUCUUGCGCUUGAGUUUCACUACAUGAGGUCUUUGCCAAAGCAUGAGCGGCUGGUAGAUCUUCAUGGAUCAGUCAUAGAUUAUGGGUAUGGGGCAGGUUCCAACAUUGCUGUUCUACUGAUAAUGGAACAGUUGCACCGAGACCUCUAUACAGGAUUGAAGGCUGGCUUGGCGUUGGAGACGAGGCUGCAGAUUGCCUUGGAUGUAGUUGAAGGGAUUCGGUUUCUUCAUAGCCAGGGGUUGGUCCACAGAGACAUCAAACUUAAAAAUGUGUUGCUUGACAAACACAAUCGAGCUAAGAUCACAGACCUAGGAUUUUGCAAGCCUGAAGCAAUGAUGUCUGGUAGUAUUGUUGGCACUCCUAUCCAUAUGGCUCCUGAGCUUUUCACAGGCAAAUAUGAUAACUCAGUGGACGUAUAUGCAUUUGGCAUCUUGUUCUGGUACCUCUGUUCAGGACAUGUGAAGUUACCAGAGGCAUUUGAGAGAUGUGCAAGCAAGGACCACCUGUGGAACAAUGUGCGAAGAGGAGUACGCCCUGAACGUCUUUCUGUCUUUGAUGAAGAAUGUUGGCAGCUUAUGGAAGCCAGUUGGGAUGGAGAUCCAUCCCGGCGUCCACUUCUGGGCAUAGUCCAACCCAUGUUGCAGGGUAUAAUGGACAGACUUUGCAAGUCAAACUCUGAGCAGUUAAGCAAAGGUUUAGAAGAUUCUACUUGAAAAGAAGCCACAGGGGAGCUGUUCUGUUGCAUGAGAACCCUGAUUCCCCACCUUGUCAACAGCAACUCAAGGUGUAGCUCUUCUGGAGAGCCCAACCAGAAAUUGCACUCUCAGGCAAGAAGAUAUUGAAAUUCCACCUCAUAUAGCAACCAGGAACAUUCCACUCCAGUAUACACUACUAAUGCAAAUUUGCAGUGCCCUCCUCAUUUUUUGAAGGUAAUGAAAAGUUGGGGAAUUCAGACCUGAAGGGGUAUUUUGAUUACCCA